AUGCGAAUUCGCCCAACCCCCAUCCCACGGCAUCGCCUUCAUGAUGCGCUGGCCCUCCGCGUUGGCCACGAACCAGGGUCCCGUCUGCCAGUUUGCCCGUUUGCCCGUUUGCCCGUUUCAACCCGUCCAUGGCCAACUUGUCCAUCCGCCCAACCUGGGGAUGCCUCUGAAUCAUCCCAUGGUUAUCUGGCCGUCUCCAAUAAAACCGAGCCCCGAGACUUACGACUCGUUGGACAAGCCCGGGAUGCGCUCCCAAGUGUGGGCUCCACAAGUGCUCUUGCGCAGGACCAACUCCUGCUCCGGUUCAAUCUGUGCACCGACCAGACGCCUCCCGGCUUUGGUGUGCGCCCAUCUUUAUCCUCUGCCACCGUCUCUGCCGUCUACUCCUCGGCGCGUGGGCCAAGCAUCCGCGUCUGA